UUGUUAUGAAAGCGAGACCCUCUAUUUAAUAUACACCUCGUUAUAAGAGACGAUUCUUUAACCCUGACAAAGGAGAGGCUGUCGGGUGUCCGUGCUAUGCAAAUCCUCCUUUGCGAGUGUGAAAGGGACAUUAGAGUCUGGCACUGAUAAAAAUUGAAUACAAACAUGAUUAACUUUUCUUCUUAGAUUCACAGUUUUUGCAAUGAGAAGAUCAGAAGCUCCCUAUUUUGUAUAUCUUUUCACUGGAUGGGUGCUUCCCUUCUUAGUUGUAGCCUCAUGGGCAACGAUACACGAAAGACAAUCCGAGAGCCGUUCAUUUUGCUGGUUGCCAUAUGCUAAAGGACCUCAUUUGUGGAUUUUGGCGGGUACUAUGGGAAUGGCAUUAAUCUUGAAUGUGUUCCUAUUGCUUCUUAUUAUAAUCAUUUUGGUGCGCAAACUUCGCCAUGAAAGCUCAGCCGAGUCUAGGCAAAUAUGGCGAACGGUUAAAGCCACAAUGUUAUUAGUACCUCUACUUGGAGUCUCAAAUGUGCCACUAUUCUACGAACCUCCCCAACCAAGUGCCUUUUAUAUGCUAGGCUCUGCUAUUUUACAACAUUCUCAGUUAUAUUGUUUUUUAAACGCCGAAAUUCAAAAUGCAUUAAAACGCCAAAUAAGCAAAGUUCCCCUCCUUCGAGCUAUUCUGUCCGGGGGAAGUAGGGAGAGUCGUCGACAAUUUGAAACUGAACGUACAUUUAUCCCAGCCGGACAGACUGACGAAGAUUUGCAAAUGAGUGAUUUACCCAUGAGGUGUAAAAAUGGGACAGUGAGAGGGCCAAGAAUAAACGGCAAAACCAAACAAAGCAACUCUAUGAAUGCUGGAAUUAAUUGGCAUGCAAAUAAUAAUAACAAUAAUAAUAAUUGUAAAUUAGAAGAAAAUGAGGAAGUAAAAUUUGAAAAAGAUUAUUCUGAUUUUAUGUCCACUUCUUUUUUGUCUGGCACAAAUUUAAUUAAUUUGGAUGAAAAUUUAAAUGAAAGGGAAGAGGGAGAAAAUAAUAAAAAUGAGGAGGAAAUUGAAAGGAGAAGGGCAGAAAGUACUGGAUCUAAAUUAAGAUUUAUUUAA